CUUCAGCGUCAUGACGUAUGCUUACGACACGCUUUGGAGUAGUGAGUCAAUGCUGCUGCUAAUGCUAACAAGUUUGCCGAGGAAGCAAACAUGAUGUGCUGUUUUUUUAAAAAUAGAGAUGAUUUUACGUGUGUUUACGUGACUUCAUGUAGUUGAUAAUCCACGAAGACAAAUCCUCCUCCACCAUUUUGUAAAAUGGUUUCUUCCCUGGUGGGUCUCUGUGCCCGGGUGUUCGUCAGUGACCCCUGCUGGUUGGGAUGGGUGCCCGGGGAACUGUUCAAGGCUCUGUUGAAGGCCGCCUUCUCAAGCUGCAGACCGCUGGCUGUGGGUGAGCUGAGGACCAGGACGUCAGAGGACCAGUACAUCACAGGACCAGGACGUCAGAGGACCAGGACGUCACAGGACCAGGACUGUAGACAGACUGUAUGGUCUGUCUCGAAGAAAAAUCCUUCUCCACCAUUUUGUAAAAUGGUUUCUUACCUGGUGGGUCUCUGUGCCCGGGUGUUCGUCAGUGACCCCUGCCAUCCCAACGAUGGGUGCCCAGGGAUGGCGACUGGUGGCUUUGAACCUGGAACCUUCUGGACACAUGUCCACUUCCACCGGCUGUAUACUAUGACUUUUGAAAAAGAUUGGCUGACUGAUGUUUGCCCCCUGGACCUGGGGUUUUUAUAUUCCUCUUCUACCCCAGGCUGCAAAAGGAGUGUGGAGGGAAGAGCUCCACCCUGAAGACAGACUCCACCAGCAGCUACCCUACAACUACAGCUAAUCCCAAGUUUAAUGCUCUCCCUCCCAGCGCCCCCACGCCCUCCCCCAACACACAUCCUUUUAUUUUAUUUCUUGCUGUGCAACUUCACACCUCUGGGUGGAGCUCAAUUUCUGACAGUCAGGAAAAGAGCAGAAAAACUGAAAGCAGCAAAAACAACAAAAGCAACAACAGACACUUCCUGUCAAUGAUCAGAGCUUUGACCAAACACAGAAUCAGACACCGGAGGAGGUUAUCUCAAAUAUCAGCUGAUUGGAUAUUGAUUUGCUUGUUUAAAUCGGGGUGGAGGGUCCAAACGAGGCAUGUGAAAAAAAAACCCUGUGAAUUCUUCAGAUAUUUGACAUCGGAUAAAAAACUUUAUAAAUAAAUCCAACAACUAGUCAUGACAGUGAGUUUAGAGUUACAAAGACACAGCAAAGUUAGACAAAUAUAAAGCUAACAGUGAAUCUACUAGUUAAUUAUAGUUAACUUAAAGAUUUUAACCAAAAAAACAACCAAAUAAAAGAAAACAGCUGAAAAUAUCUAAAAAUGUGUUAAAUCUUAGCUGAUGACGACUAAAUAUAAAUACAGUAUAUACAGUGUUCCCUCUCUAGAUCACGGUUCUCCUUUCACUUCCUCAGUACACCGCAGAUUUCAAUCUCAUUCUCAGAGUUUCACUAUAACACUGUAUUUUACGGUAAAUAUUUUAUAAAUUUCCAAUAUUUACAUUAUUUUUGUGAUUAAAAAACAUUUUCUAGUUUAACCACUAAGCUGAGUGCUAACCUCCGCCGCAUCGUGUAUUUAGUUUAUUGACGUCAUAUGUAUGUCUUAUAUUUCCAUUCUACAACUCGACUGUGAAUAUAACUGUGUGGGGCAGGGUGAUACAGUCAAUAAUAUAAUAUCUCGCUCGCCUCUACUUCGCGGAUUUUCCCUUUUCGUGAUGGGUCUUGGAACAGAACUACUGAGAUAGGAGAGGGAACACAAUAUAAAUAUUAGCUUAAGGUCAGACAAAUAAGCAGUUCAGAUUGGAGCAGAGAGGUUUACAGACGAUUCUAAAAGUCACCCAUGUUGAAGAUUAUUAAAAACUCAGACUUCUUAGAGAACACCUCAUCAUCACCAUCAGUACAUAAUAGAAGACACCCCCCUUCCCUCCCCCUUCUC